AUGAAGUUGCAAGAAAAGGCUUUCAAGAAACCGCUCUUCCAGCCAAAAACGACGGGCGGCAUGGUUCUCGUGAACCUCAAUGAAGACCCGAAAGCCAAUCCCAAAUAUUUCGAACCACAAACUCCCAAGCUCCCGACGGGCAAAAGCUCGCCAAUGUCUCACCUGGCUGCGGAAUGGAAGAAUAAGAACGACCCGAAUGAGGACGAAAUAAAACUUCAAGAAUCUCCAAGAGGAAUGAUGUGUAGCCUCAUCAACCAGCUUUUGCGGGAGAUUUUUGAGAGGUUCCCCGAGUAUGAGCUAAAAGGCUCAUUGUUGCGAGAGGGCAGCUUUACUGAGCGUCUCAUCAACCGCGAGAUCAAAGCCUUGUGCGAGCUGUUCAGUGCCCUGAUAAUAUAUCUUGACCCAGGAGCUGAUGUGAUGUGUGUGAUCGACGAGAUCACCCGAUACGAAACAGAUCAACUUUCAGAGGAAUUGGAUCUCAUUAUCAAGCAGCUUUCAGCGCUAGCAAGAAUACAGUCGGGGAGGCCGGUGGCAUUCAAACUCGUUUUAACGUGCCAGAGCAGAGCUACGCAGAUCCAUGAGUACUUCGAAGAUCCCAGGUACUUCAAGGACAACAUCGUUGAUGGGUAG